CAUUGUGACCAAGUUGAAGUGUAAGGUUCGUUGAAUUUUCCCCCGAAUGGUUAGACAAAAUCGUUGAUAGCUCUAGGAAAAUUCUCAGAAAAAUUGGGGACGAACAAAGACUUUGAAUGGUUCAAAAAUUCGAACGUUGCCAAAAGUCGAUGCUGUGCAAGUGAGGAAAUAUAUUUCCCACAAUUAGAUCAGGAAGUUAGUCAGCGCACAGAGCACAGACGAGUGUUUUAAAAAUAAAAACUGCUUCAUUGUUUAUCAAUACUUAUUUUUUAAUAUUUCUAAGGGAAGGAUUUAAUGUGGUGGAAAACAGAUACAUGAAGCAGAAAUCACCGAAUUAAUUGAAAAUAGCGUGCAGCAGUUAGAGAAAAGUUGAAAACUCAAAUUUUUUACAGUAAAAUAAGUGCAAAAAUAAAUACAAGUAAUUGUUUAUAAAAUAAAUAAAUCAAAGCCAGGCGUAUCACGCACACCACUGCCUCCCCAAUAAAAAAAAAUAAAUUAUUUAAAAAAUUGCGUGAAAUAAAAAAAAUUAUGAAGCUCCAAUAUCUCUACAUACUCCAAUGUAUGUAGGUGUGAGUGUGUGUGCGUGUGUUUAUGUUUGCAAAUCGCCAAAAUCGUCGCAAUUAUCAUCUGUAAAAUGAAACCUCAACUCAUCAUAAUCACCAAACAACUCCUGUAAAUAUUCAACAACUAACAACCUUAGCCUAAUUGAGGCCGACUAUAAACUACCUAAAAAGCAAAAACAUAUACAAAUAAAUAUUGCAAAAUUUAGCGUGUAGAUCAAAAAAUUUUAUUGCAAUUAAAGUUUACUAAUGAAUUUGAAAAAUAUAGCAACUUUCAGCCGCAAUAAAUUAAAAGAAAAGCAACAUUCCAAAUAUGUGUAAAUAAAAAUUUUCUAAUUAAUCUGUGAUUUCUGUGAUUUAUUUUCUCUCGCAUUGAAUUUGCAAAUAACCAGAAAAUUUGUGAGUUUGCAACUUAUGUUAAAUACAAAGAUUAAACAAAUCAGCGGGUGAAAGUCAAUGUAAGCUUCAACUUGGGUUACCGCCGACAGUGGUGACGUAUAGUGGCAUUGAAUUAUAUUAAUAUAGUGAAAUAGUAAAUUAAUCAAAAGUAAAAACUAAACUAAACCUGAUAUAAAUACUAAUAAUAAUACAACAUAAUUAAUGCUUAAGCAAUAAGUUAUUGUAAAUAAAUUCAACAAGGUAGAAAUUCCGUAUAUUCAUCGAACCAAAAGUUUCAUCUUACCUAUAAUAACCAAUGCAACGGCGAUAAGAAACAACACUUAAACAAAAAAUAGGCAUUAACGCACGGGAAAUAUAGCUGCAAGUCAUCAACAGCAACAAAUUAACAGAAGCUAAUUAGUGUAAAUCGUCCAUUACGUAGCUUGUGUAAAUAACAACUGCACACGCCUACCGCCUACUACGUAUAUAAGCACUUACAUCUUCAAUUGCUGCGGUAACAUCUGCAGUACAUACAUAUAAACGUAAACAUUUACGCGCUUAGUGGCGUUUAGUUGAAUUUGUCAUUUUUGUAUGGCUUGAGAUUCGCUACAAACAAAAAUACCAAAUAUAUACGUGUCUAUUCCUUCGUUAAUUUCGCAAAAUAGAGUUUUCUUCGCCGUAAACGUCUGCUUCGAGUUUCGCUGUUAUUUUCACUUCGUAUUUAUCUUCUUCUUCGAUCAACGCGUUAAAUUGUUCGUGUCAUCAGUGUUAAAUGUCAAAUAGUCGAUUGCUUGCCACGUAAAUGACGUGUCAAUCCGGAGAAAUGAGUGUAGUCGUGCAUCUGGUGUAGCACAAUUAUGGCCAAGCGGUCUUCUAUAAACCAUCAGAAUUUGGAUACAUUGACGGUUGGCAGCGGCUCAGGAAGCGGCGCUAGCAGGGCAUCAACAGGGCUCCACAAGCGGGGGGCACUCGGGUCGAAGGGGAGCCCAUCGCUUAGCUGAUAGAAUGGGUGGCCCAAAGAAAGACGACACACCACCCGGUGGUGGUCCAACAUCAUUAUUUAUCCUCACUGAGGAUAACCCAAUUAGAAAAUACACACGAUUCAUCAUUGAAUGGCCGCCCUUCGAGUAUGCUGUGUUAUUGACAAUCAUUGCCAACUGUGUUGUGUUGGCUUUAGAAGAACAUUUGCCUGGGAGUGAUAAAACAGUAUUGGCUCUGAAACUGGAAAAAACGGAGACCUAUUUUUUAUGCAUUUUCUGUGUAGAAGCAUCGCUCAAGAUCCUUGCCCUAGGGCUUGUUUUGCAUAAACACUCCUACCUCAGGAAUAUUUGGAACAUCAUGGAUUUUAUCGUCGUAGUAACGGGAUUUAUGGCACUGCUCCCACAAAAAUGGAUUGAGGUAGAUCUAAAAACAUUAAGGGCUAUACGUGUGCUAAGGCCCUUAAAAUUAGUCUCUGGAAUUCCUAGUCUACAAGUAGUUUUAAAAUCCAUUAUAAAGGCUAUGGCGCCGUUGCUUCAAAUUGGACUUUUAGUCUUGUUUGCGAUCGUUAUAUUUGCAAUCAUCGGACUCGAGUUCUAUUCGGGUGCCCUGCAUAAAACUUGUUACAGUUUGGAAGAUCUAAGAAGGUCCGUUAAGGAAGGAGAAUCAGAGACACCAUGCUACUCUGAUAAUUCAUCGAUGAGAGCGACUGGUUCAUUUACAUGUGAUUAUAACACGAGUAUGUGUCUGGAUAAAUGGGAAGGGCCAAAUUGGGGCAUUACUAGUUUUGAUAAUAUCGGCUUUGCCAUGUUGACUGUGUUCCAAUGUAUCACAAUGGAGGGCUGGACAGCAAUACUGUAUUGGACCAACGACGCUUUAGGUUCAGCAUUUAAUUGGAUAUAUUUCGUGCCUCUUAUAGUUAUAGGCUCAUUUUUUAUGCUCAACUUAGUUCUCGGUGUCCUAAGCGGUGAAUUCGCAAAAGAACGUGAAAAAGUAGAAAAUAGACAAGAGUUUCUUAAGCUUAGAAGACAACAUCAGCUAGAAAGAGAAUUGAACGGCUAUGUUGAAUGGAUUUGUAAAGCUGGUAUAGUAUUGAGUAACACCUACAUACUCGUAUUUAACCUAAACACUUAAUAUUUGAGAUAUCGAAAAUAAUAUAGCUACACACACACUUUAAGCAGUUAAAACACAUUGUAAAAUACACAAGUCUUACUUAUCCAAAAAGUAUUUAACAAAUUUAAUACACAUAUACACACGUUAAAUAAAUAGAAUCGGGUACCAUGAACACCUCAACUAACUUACUUUAUGUGCUGCUAUUAAAUUACAAAUACAUAAGUAUGUAUGUACGAAUAUUUCAACUGUAGCGUGACAUUGUCGUUGGUGCAUACAUAUGUAUAUUUGUAUUUUGAACAAAAAAUUUAUUCGAAAAUGACACCUUUCUUUCUUCGUAUUAAUCAUCCGUCUACUUGCAGAGGAAGUGAUCUUAGCCGAAGAGCGUACAACGGAGGCGGAAAAAAUGCAUAUAAUGGAGGCACGGAGAAGAAAUGCGGCGAAGCGUAAAAAACUGAAAAGCUUAGGCAAAUCUAAGUCAACAGACACAGAGGAGGAGGACGGUGAAGAAGACUACGGAGACGAUGACGGUGGUGAAAAAGGCGAUGAAGGCAGUUGUACGGGCUUUUGGCGGGCUGAAAAGCGCUUCCGCUUCUGGAUACGACACACUGUGAAAACACAAUGGUUCUAUUGGUUUGUCAUCGUACUCGUAUUCCUGAACACUAUGUGCGUCGCAGUAGAGCACUAUGAUCAACCACAAUUUUUAACAGAUUUUUUAUAUUACGCUGAAUAUGUGUUUUUGGGUCUAUUCAUGUCGGAGAUGUUCAUCAAAAUGUAUGCGCUUGGACCGCGCACCUAUUUCGAAUCGUCGUUUAAUCGAUUCGAUUGUGUCGUCAUUAGUGGUUCGAUAUUCGAAGUUAUAUGGUCCGAAGUGAAAAGCGGUUCAUUCGGUUUAUCCGUAUUGCGAGCGCUACGUUUACUUCGUAUCUUCAAAGUGACCAAAUAUUGGUCGUCCUUGCGAAAUCUUGUGAUUUCGUUGUUGAACUCGAUGAGAUCCAUCAUUUCACUAUUGUUCCUGCUCUUCUUAUUCAUUCUAAUAUUUGCACUACUUGGCAUGCAAUUGUUUGGCGGGCAAUUUAGUUUUAAAAGCGGUACCCCCGAAACGAAUUUCAACACAUUCCCCAUAGCCUUACUUACAGUCUUUCAAAUUCUAACCGGUGAAGAUUGGAAUGAAGUCAUGUAUCAGGGAAUUAAAUCACAAGGUGGCUAUAAAAAAGGAAUGAUUUAUUCUGUAUACUUUAUCGUUUUGGUACUCUUCGGUAAUUAUACACUGUUAAACGUAUUCUUGGCUAUCGCUGUCGAUAAUUUAGCGAAUGCCCAAGAAUUGACAGCUGCCGAAGAGGAGCAAGUCGAGGAAGAUAAGGAGAAGCAAUUGCAGGAGCUUGAAAAAGAAAUGGAGGCGCUUCAAGCAGACGGUGUUCACGGGGAGAACGGUGACGGGGCAAGCUUACCGAAUAAGGCAAAAAGUAAAAAGAAAGAAGAGGAAAAGAAGGAGGAAGAGGAAGUGACGGAGGGUCCGAAACCAAUGUUGCCAUAUUCAUCUAUGUUUAUACUAUCACCAACGAACCCUAUACGCCGCGGCGCACAUUGGGUUGUUAAUUUGCGAUAUUUUGAUUUUUUCAUAAUGAUCGUCAUCUCAUUGUCAUCGAUAGCGUUAGCAGCCGAAGAUCCUGUUCGUGAGCAUUCGUCACGAAACGAAAUCUUAAAUUAUUUCGAUUAUGCAUUUACCGGCGUAUUCACAAUAGAAAUGUUACUAAAAAUUGUAGAUUUAGGCGUUAUAUUACAUCCAGGCAGCUAUUUAAGAGAAUUCUGGAAUAUUAUGGAUGCUGUGGUCGUUGUAUGCGCUGCUGUUAGUUUCGGUUUCGAUAUGAGCGGUAGCAGCGCUGGACAAAAUUUAUCAACCAUCAAAUCGUUGCGCGUACUGCGCGUCCUGCGACCAUUGAAAACCAUCAAGCGUGUACCAAAAUUGAAAGCCGUCUUCGACUGCGUAGUGAAUUCAUUGAAAAAUGUUGUUAACAUUCUAAUCGUGUACAUAUUAUUUCAAUUUAUAUUUUCCGUAAUUGGUGUACAAUUGUUCAAUGGAAAAUUUUUUUAUUGUACGGACGAAAGUAAACAUUCUUCCGAAGAGUGCCAGGGUUACUAUUUUAAAUAUGAGGAGGACGAGUUACUUCCAAAGCAGGAGGAGCGCAUUUGGCGACCCCGUAGUUUUCACUACGACAACGUAGCGGCGGCAAUGCUGACGCUUUUCGCUGUACAGACUGGCGAAGGAUGGCCACAAGUUCUACAACACUCAAUGGCUGCCACGUAUGAAGAUAGGGGUCCCAUACAAAAUUUCCGGAUCGAAAUGUCCAUAUUUUAUAUUGUGUAUUUCAUUGUAUUUCCAUUCUUCUUCGUGAAUAUAUUCGUGGCCUUGAUUAUCAUAACAUUUCAAGAGCAAGGCGAGGCUGAGUUACAAGAUGGUGAAAUUGAUAAAAACCAGAAAUCCUGCAUAGAUUUCACGAUAGGCGCUCGGCCGCUCGAACGAUAUAUGCCCAAAAAUCGAAACACGUUCAAGUACAAAGUCUGGCGCAUUGUAGUCUCGACGCCAUUUGAAUAUUUUAUAAUGAUGCUAAUUGUGUUCAAUACUUUACUGCUUAUGAUGAAGUAUCAUAACCAAGGUGAAAUGUAUGAGAAAUCACUUAAAUAUAUCAACAUGGGAUUCACGGGGAUGUUCAGCGUUGAGACUGUACUGAAAAUCAUUGGAUUUGGCGUUAAGAACUUCUUCAAGGAUCCGUGGAAUAUUUUCGAUCUGAUCACCGUUGUAGGCAGUAUUGUCGAUGCGCUUUGGAUGGAGUUCGGGUCGAACUCAAUCAACGUUGGCUUCCUGCGUUUAUUUCGUGCGGCGCGUCUCAUAAAAUUACUCCGUCAAGGAUACACGAUACGAAUCCUGUUGUGGACAUUUGUACAAUCGUUCAAAGCACUUCCAUAUGUCUGUUUGUUAAUAGCCAUGCUCUUUUUUAUUUAUGCUAUUAUUGGAAUGCAGGUUUUUGGAAAUAUUAAAUAUGAUCCGGAUACGCAACUCAACCGUCACAAUAAUUUUCAAUCAUUCUCCGGUGGAAUCAUGCUGCUUUUUCGAUGUGCAACUGGCGAGGCGUGGCCGAACAUUAUGCUGGCGUGCCUUAAGGGGAGGCCAUGCGAUGAAGAGGCCGACAAAGGCAACGAAACAUGCGGGUCAACGCUGGCAUAUGCAUAUUUUGUAUCAUUUAUAUUCUUUUGCUCAUUCCUCAUGUUGAAUUUAUUCGUUGCCGUUAUUAUGGAUAAUUUUGAUUAUCUUACAAGAGACUCCAGUAUAUUGGGUGCCCAUCAUUUGGACGAGUUCGUUCGUAUAUGGGCUGAAUAUGAUCCAAAUGCGACUGGUAGAAUACAUUAUACGGAAAUGUAUGAUAUGUUAAAAAAUAUGGAUCCUCCGUUGGGGUUCGGUAACAAAUGUCCCAAUCGCCUCGCCUAUAAGAAACUAAUACGUAUGAAUAUGCCGUUAGAUGACGAAAUGAGAGUACAAUUUACAACGACGCUUUUUGCGUUGAUACGCGAAAAUUUGAGCAUUAAGAUGCGAUCUGCGGAGGAAAUGGAUCAAGCGGAUAUGGAACUUAGGGAAACCAUAACGAAUAUUUGGCCUUUGCAAGCGAAGAAAAUGUUAGAUUUGCUUGUACCACCCAUAGACCAAUUGAAUAAAGGAAAGCUAUCAGUUGGAAAAGUGUACGCCGGUCUUUUGAUUUUGGAGUCGUGGCGUACGACGCGGUUCGGACAAAUCGAUUCCGGCAUGCCGCGGAAAAAGCGCCAAACUGAUGACGAAGAACGCAUACCAAGUCCAACAGCCGACGAUCAGCCGAAACAAUCGUUCUUCAACUGCCUGCUUGAUAUGGCGGCUCUCGAUAAAGGCGGAUCGCGCCAGGGUUCAAUUAGCUACGAAGCCAAUGGCGAUGGUGGUGCCAACUCACAAACGCACUUAUUAACAAACACAAAUCAUCAUCACCUGAACGGUGAUGCCGAACACAAUAGUUUGGCAUCACUGGCUCGCCGGACUACAAUCAAAAAACGUUCUGUUAGAAACAAAAAGGUGAAUAAGUUUGACACACUUCCAGUGAUGCUGGAACUUCAGGAUGCCUCGAGACAUCCAUCUCAGGAAUCUUUAACCGGUGCCGAUGCUGGUCAUUUACAUCCUGGUCACGCGUAUCACAAUGGUCAUCAUCGCCGUUCGCCAAGUUUAAGACAUAACGGAUCUCCAUUGGCCAGAUCUCCAAGUCCUAGACGGCGAGGCCAUCAAUACAUACAUCAUGAUAUUGGGUUCUCCGAUACCGUAUCUAAUGUUGUAGAGAUGGUCAAGGAGACCCGUCAUCCUAGGCACGGAUAUGGACAUCCGCGUUAUCCAAGAGGUUCAUGGUCAGCAUCGACAAGUCCGGCCCGUUCGCCCUCGCCUUCUCGUUAUGGUGGCCAUUAUUCGCGCAGUAGGCGUACAGAACUGCCUUUUCCCACAUAUGGGACAACAAGUCUAUGUCAAAGAUCACGUUCGCCGAGUCCCGCUCGACUUCAGGAGAUGCGUGAACGAGAUAGACUUGGUUAUGGGAUUGAUAUGGGUGGUACUCAUGUUCAGUACAGUUACCCAACGUUAGCAUCGCGACGUGCUGGCAUGGGUCGACGUCUACCACCGACACCAAGUAAACCAUCAACACUACAGCUGAAGCCAACAAAUAUUAAUUUUCCAAAACUUAACGCAAGUCCAACACAUACACAUCACUCGACACCCCAUAGUGUUCAUUCUUUGCCACACCACCGUGAUCUGCUGCGGGAUCGCGCCAUGUACCGCGACCUGUAUAGCAGUAGAGAACGCGAUCGUGAUCGGGAGCGAUAUCGAGAUCACCUUCGUGACUACGAUAUGCGGUAUGAGUAUCGGGAUCAUGAACGUGAACUCUAUGAGAGAGAGCGUGAUCGUCAAAGGGAUUUCGAAAGAGAAAGACUGGAAUACAUAGCGCCGCUGUCGUUUGAACAAGCGCUCGCUAUGGGCAGAACGGGUCGUGUACUGCCGUCACCCGUUCUAAAUGGCUAUAAGCCAAAAGGUGGCUUACACGCACGACAUUCUGAUUCGGACGAGGAGGACUGGUGCUAGCAAAGGCUUUGAUUGCGAUUGCGUAAUCGAAGGGAACAGAUCUGGGUAUAGCAUCAAGCCAUAUUUCCAUCACUAUCUGCACCGGAUUUAGACCAUAAUUUUGAUACAAUACCGCUGCAACACUUCACAACUGCAUCCGAUACCGAUAUAUUAGAAACCACUUUCAUAAAUACUGCCACUGCGGCUGUUGUUAAUUUUAACGAUGACACCGAACCGGAUGUUGCUAUACUUUUACAAAUGGGUGCCAGAGCCGCAACGGAACCCGCAAUUUGUGGCUUAGAUGUGGAUCAGGCCGAGCACAAACGUUUAAGCGUCGCCUACAGACAGCUUUCAUUGGUUCUACCACAUCCAGAGACGGCACCAGAAUGUGAUAUAGCAACCACGCGAAUAUACUCUGAUCACGAGCUUUUCCAACCAAAUCAACAGCAUACGCAGUAUGCAGUGAGUGAACCACACACGCCGUUAACAACGUAUUUGCAACAACAGCCCACGACGACAGCAACAACACAACCUGAACAUCAUUUGUAUCAUACGCUGUAGAAGUCGACAAAUACAUAGGAACACAUAAGUAAAAUAUUCAGUUAAAUCAAGUACGGCAAUAUAGACAUUAAAAUAGAUUGUGACUACAAUAGCAGUUAGUUGAUGAAUUGUAUAAGUGUAUACAUAACACGAUACACAUUACAUACUACAUAGGAGUAUUCAAAUAUUUACAUCACCAAGAAGCCAAUUUUUUCGAGUUAGGCGUAACAAAUAUCAUUUAAAAACAUUUUAUUUCCUCUAUUUCAUAGUAAAAAUAUUUCAGAAUUUGCAUAAACAUAAUUUAUACAUGAAUGUAUAUAUAUAGUUAUGUGUGUAUGUAUAAAUAAAUAUGCAUAUAUGGAUGCAUAGGUACUGCCUUGUUUCUGUUGAAGUUUGGUCCAAAGCAUUACAGCAACUACUGCACACAAAUACAUACAAACACAUAGGUAUAUACUUUAAAAUUAUUAAUUGUAUAUUACAUACAUACAUACACAUUUGUUUAAGAAUUUGUUAAGAGACUUUUAAAUACGCAUUAAACUCUGUUGGUAGCUUUAAAUAACAAAUAUGGACAUAUUACAUUAUCAUAUAAAUAAUCAAGCAUUCAUUUAUACACAUUUGCAUACACAUUGAUGUAAGACAAAAAGACUUCUUUCGUCGUUUACAUAUAUUUUAGUGUUAGUUAUAAAAUGGAUUAGCUUGAAGCGAAAUGAUUUUAUUCAAUAGAUUUAGCGAAAAUAGUAAUAAAUAUAAAUACAAAUACAACUAAAACACACAUACACAGGUAAACACCCAUAUACAUACAUGCAACAUACUCCAAAUUUAUUAAAUGGCAAGGGAAAUGGGGCCAAAAGCGUAAAUCAUAGUCUAAUUUGCCUAAAACUCCUUGAGGAUUUGUAUAGCGAAUGGGGGAAAUGUAGGAAAUAGCAAAUUUUAAUUAGUGUAUAUUUUUGGUUUGAAUAUUUGGAGCUACUAUAUUCACACAUACAUACUUGUACCCAUAAUAAUAUACACAUAUAUACAUACAUACAUAUGUGUAUACCGUAGGUAGCCAAAAUCACCAUAGCAUAAAGUGAACUUGUAGAAACGCAAUAUAUUGUAAUUUUAACACACAUUAUAAAAAGAAAAUACACAUAAAGCAUACAUAUAUAUACUUAACACUAUGCAUACAUACACUUAUGUAAUCAUGCACGAAGCAAAUAAAAAUUAUGAAAUAUAUUAAUCGAUUUUUACAUUGAAGCCAAGCAAAGUUUAGAGUAACAAGUUUUUGAAAUGCAUUUUAUGAGAAAAAAUACAAAACUUGAAGUAUGAAUACGGAAAAGCAGGCAAAUUAUAGACACUCACAUUUUUAAAAACAUACCACUCACGAAAAUGGCUACAUAACACGACACUAAUGCAUUUUUUACAAGUGACCCGUAACUAGAUUCUGACCAGUACAAAUGCACUGAAGCACUCUGAUAAAAUAACAUUGAUAGGAAAUGGCCGAAACUUCGUCUGUAGUCUCGUGAAGUGACUAUCCACACAUGUAUGGUGGCAUGAUCAAAGCAUUUUCGAAGCAAUAAACACUUAUGUUCGCAUUGUGAUAAAAAUGUAUGUAUAUAAUAUUGCAUUUGGGAAUAUUAUAACUAUGGAAAGAAUAUUUUUAUGGCGGGAUUUGAACUAAGGAUCUCAUAAAUAUCUAACCAGUGCGACAUAAUCAGGCAUUUACUGAGGGACAAAUAUACCAACCGAGUCCAUCCACGAGUUCAUAAUCAAAUAACACUAUUUUACCUAGUUUUCGUAUGCGUUCAAUGGGUUUCAUACGUUCAUAUAUUCGGUAUAAAUAAAUGACUAAGAAUUGUGGUUCACAAUUUUUUAGCUAUACGUGUGAAUUGUUGAACCGCUCUUUUCUUUGGUGUCAAAAUUGAUUUUCUGGAAUUGAGAGAAAUAUGAAGCGCGAGGAGCACCAAGGGCCAUCAGAUUUCAUAUUAGCAGAGAAAAUUGAGAAAAUUUUUAUAGUUUUGAUACAAUCGACAUGAUUUAGAAUGUGUACCUCAAUACUUAUCGACAACUGGAAAGUAUUAUAAUUAUGUACAUAGGUGCUUUAUUGUUUUAAGUUAAAAUCUGCUGAUGUCAAUAAGAGCAUAUAUAAUCAUAUAAAGAUCAAUAAAAACAUGUGUCAAGCACAAUUCUUAAGCAUUCCAUUCAAGACUGAAUGUAGACGAAUGCUAGAAGUCCAUUAUUUUCUCCACAAGUGUAGCCAGCAAAAUCGAAUGCAAUACAUACACACACAUCUACAUACACCUACACGCCCGCAAACACUGUACCGUUGCACACCUUAACACAAACAAACAUACCAUAUUUGUUUUGUGCAACAACACAUCAAACGAUAUUGGUCGAAAAGAAAUAUUAAUUUAAAAAAUUCCAAAAUCUCGAACAUACGUAGUUAGUGUGGAAAUGUCUGAUUCAUAAUAUUUUGUAAAUAAUCGCGAAAUCGGAACAUGUAAAAAUUUACCUAAAAAUAAGCUAAAUGUAUUAACAUAAUAGGCAUAUACAAAAAUAAAAUAUAUUUAAAUAAAAUUACAAAUUCAAAAUACGGUGGACGAAACAGCGCACAAAUAAAUUAUGAAUUCCCAAA